AUGGAGGAGGCCUUCCCCCCGACGCCCGCGCCGCCGCCGCCGGCCGACGACGACGACGCGCAGGCGCCGACGCCGGUGACGGUCUGCGUGCGCCUGCGGCCCGCGGGCGGCGCGGACGGCGAUUUGGCCUGGCGCGCGGCCGAGGACGAGCUCGUGCAGCUCGCGGGCAAGGGCGCGGGCGAGCGCUACCGCUUCGACCACGUCUGUGACGCCGACGCGCACACGACGGAGGUCUACGACCACGCCUGCCGGUCCAUCGUCGGCGACCUCGUCUGCGGCCGGAGCGGCACGCUCCUCGCGUACGGCCAGACGGCGUCGGGCAAGACGCACACGAUGCAGGGCUUCAUGCGCCUCGCGUGCGAGCAGAUCUUCGAGGCCGAGGGCGAGACGACGGUGUCCUGCGUCUACCUCGAGGUCUACAACGAGGCCGUGCGCGACCUGCUGAACCCCGAGUCGGCCGUCGCGCUCCGCGAGGAGAAGCACCGGGGCGUCUACGUCGCGGGCGCGCACCGCGUCGUCAUCCGCGACCCCAACGAGCUCGACGCGCUGCUGAAGCGCGGCGAAAAGCGGCGGCGCAUCGGCAAGACGCGCAUGAACUCGCGGAGCUCGCGGAGCCACGCGGUGCUGCAGCUCCACGUCGCGACGGACGUCCGCGGCGUCGUCUUUUCGGCCACGCUCAGCCUCGUGGACCUCGCCGGGUCGGAGAAGCCCCGGCGGUCCCGGGCCGAGCACCCGAGCCGGAGCCAGCGCGCGAACUUCGCCGAGGGCGUCAUGAUCAACAAGUCGCUGACGACGCUGUCGCACGUGCUCAAGCAGCUCGGCGACGGCGAGCGCCAGGGCAGGAAAAGAGAGCGAAAUUCCCAACUUCAAAGGCUCCUAUCUCGGCCCUUCCGCAACUCCAAGCUCACGCGCCUGCUGCAGCCGACGCUGAGCGGCGGCGCGAAGCUCGCGCUCGUCUGCUGCGUCGCGCCGGGCACGGCGUGCCUCGAGGAGACGCGGACGACGCUGCAGUUCGGCCAGCGCGCGAACCGCGUC